AUGGCGGCUUUGAGACGCAAUCCUCCCUUCCGAGCUGAGCAGGUGGGCUCUUUGCUGAGACCUGAGAAGCUACUCAAGGCAAGAGCAGAUAGCAAGGAGGGCAAGAUCAGUCAGCAGGAACUGCUGCAGAUUGAAAAUGCAUCGGUGAAAGAGGUUGUCGAGCUGCAGAUCGAGCUGGGAUUUCACAGCAUCACAGAUGGCGAGUACAGAAGAAGCAGCUUCACAUCGAUACCUGACCCAGAGGUCGACGUUUACCGCACGUACAUGCCAAACAUCGCUGCAUUCACAGACGUUGGACAGAGGCCACCAGAGAGCGUUUUCUGCACGGGCAAGAUCAAGCACACAGGCAGCACAUACACAGAUCAAUGGAACUAUCUGAAGAACAUCGUACCAUCAGACAAGGCCAGAGGCUGCAAGCUCACCCUGCCUGCACCGGAGUUGUACCAUUUCCGAUACAGAGAAGGCAAGUCUUACCCCCCAGGUGUCUACAAGAACGAUUCGGAAUUCUUCGCGGACAUCGCCGCCGCCUACCAAGCCGAGCUCCAGAUCCUGUACGACCAUGGCCUCCGCAAUGCCCAGAUUGACGACCCAAACUUAGCCUACUUCUGUGACGAGAAAAUGCUUACCGGCUGGGCCGCCGACCCCGCCAACACUUCCACCAGCGACGAAAUGCUCACCUCAUACAUCGACCUCUACAAUGCUUGCAUCUCCAAACGGCCCGGAGACAUGCAUGUAGGCGUCCACCUCUGCCGAGGCAACUUCGCCAACAGCAAGCAUUUCUCCGAAGGCGGCUACGAACGGGUCGCGAAACGCAUCUUCGACAGCUUAGACGUGGAUACCUACUACCUCGAAUACGACACCCCGAGAGCUGGCGGCUUUGAGCCUCUGAGGCAUCUGCCGAAGAAUAAGAAUGUAGUGCUCGGGGUUGUAACGUCGAAGUUUCCACAAUUAGAGGAUCUGGACAUGCUGAAGGGCCGGGUGCUGGAGGCCGCGGAAAUUGUAGCUGAGGGCAAUAUGGAGAGUAGGGAGGAAGCGUUGGGUAGAAUGGGAGUGAGUCCGCAGUGUGGGUUUGCAAGCGCGGCGGAGGGGAAUGCCUUGGGUAGGGACGACAUGGUCAAGAAGUUGGAAUUAGUUCGGAAGUUGGCGGAGGAGGUGUGGCCGGGGGAGGCUUGA